UCUAACACAUAAACACUCAGAGCUUCACCUCGGACCUUCCCGGCUGCUCUGUGCGCUCAGAUCGCGCGCUGUGACCGGGCCGUGCGCGCGCUUAGCGCCGUGUUUUGCGCUCUUUCUGAUGCUCGUGCUCUGCGCUAUCCGGUCCAUCCGCCGCGCCGAUUGUUCUCGGUUACAGUUUUCUCUCUCUCUCUCUCUCUCUCUCUCUCUCUCGCUCUCGCUCUCUUUUUCGCUUUUGCCGAACAGAUCAGAGUUAAAACCCGGCUACGAUUUUACACACACACACACACACCGACCGGAUCUUGUGUGUAACUCAGUCCCGCUCCCGGAAUCUGCGCGGUGUUUAGAGCGUUUCUCUCUCUCUCUCUCUCUCUCUCUCUCUCUCUCUCUCUCUCUCACACACACACACACACACACACACUCUUUGUUCAGGUUCAGGAUGGACUGUUAAUGGUCAGUGCAGUCUGGUGUGUUCAUGCAAGAAGAGCUCAUCUCACACUCACACACACACACACACACACACACACACACGGAGGGCUGUGACGUUAUGAAGUGCAGGGCUGGAUCAUGUACUGUGUUCCUGUUCUAAGUGUUAAAGGGGAAAUCCGGACCAAAAUAAAAUCCUCAUACUGUCACACGUUAACCCUAAAGACGUGUUGAGAGUGUGCAGUUUGUUUAUUUAGUGUUUAUUGUUUGUGUUUACACUACACUGGAACUAACACAACACGCGUCUACGUCAGAAAACCCUUUAGCGUAGAUCUUGUCUGGAUCUUCACACAGACACACACACUGUUUACUGUUUACUCCGUGUGCUGGUGUGUUCUCCUUUUGUGUGUGUGUGUGUGUGUGUGUGUGUGUGUGUGUGAAAACGCCCGGCCUGAGACCGCCUCAGCGAGGAAAUCUCCUGGUACGGUUCCGCUGGAGCUGGCUCUAGAGCGGUUCUCUUGCAGCGAGAAAGAGAUUCGAUCCCGAGUCGGAUACAGGAAGUGACCCGGACACGCCACGUGUUUUGGGUUGCGCUCGAUGUUGUUCUAUAAACUGAGCCGAAGGACAGAGCUGUAGUGCUGCGGAGACGGGACGUGCCUUCUGGAGAUUUGGACCGAAUCAGACAUUUCUGUAAUGAUCCGGUAAUAUACAGAGUGCGGUUCCGUGUUCUCCACCUGAGCUUUUUAUCAUUUCUGCACACGCCCGGCAAAAGCAAACAGUUCUGCUCUGAUUGGGACUCGCGAGGUGUGUGAAGGUGUGUCAGGGUGAGCGCUGUACACGUUCUCUUCUCCUGUAGUUGUAGAAAUUGUCGUGAAGUUGUAACAGCGCCACCUGCAGGACCGGAGCACUCGCACGCACACCGACAUCACCCACACUUUUAACGACACUUACAAAUCAGUUAGUAUGGGUCACGUGCUUGCGAUCUAGGUUGUGAAUGCUUUUAAGUGAUUAUAAUAUUUAAUUUAAGACACGUCUCACUGCGCUGUUAUGCUGUACCCGUGAAGGAUGUGUUAUUCCACUCGCCUGCCUGAUGAGGGCGCAGUACGGCCCGAGAUUGCCAGUGGGAAUGGCUGAGCAGACACCAGACGACUACAUCUGGUGUGAGGACUGUGCUCAGUAUCAUAACUCUGAGUGUCCUGAACUGGGCCCCGUCGUCACUGUUAGAGACUCGUAUGUGUUGAGUCGAGCUCGGUCGUCUCUGCCGGACAGUCUGGAGAUCAGGGCGGCUGAAGGAGGGACAGAGGGGGUGUUUGUCCUCCGGCGGCUCGUCAAGAGGACGCGCUUCGGCCCGUUCGAGGCCAAACGCGCCACACGGCUGAACACACACACGCCGUUUCCUUUAAAGAUCUUUCAGACAGACGGCUCUGUGGUGUGUUUGGACACGUCUAACGAGGAUGACUGUAACUGGAUGAUGCUGGUCAGACCUGCGACAGAUCACACACACCAAAAUCUCACAGCGUACCAACAAGAUGACGAGCUGUACUUCAAUACCUCGCAGGAUGUGUUGCCGGGGGCGGAGCUGAGGGUGUGGUAUGGAGCUUUCUAUGCUAAAAAGAUGGAGAAACCCGUACUGAAGCCUCCUGUUGCACCUCCACCCACAGGGCUGUUGUGUGGAAAGCUGGCGACUGUUGAGGAGAGAGUAGCAGUGACAGCGCCCCCUGUGCUCAGAGACAGUAGUACAGAUCAGCUGACCCGCUCACCCUCUGCUGUCUCACCCUCUGCUGUCUCACCUGCCGCUGUCUCACCUGCCACUGUCUCACCUGCCACUGUCUCAUCUGCUGCUGUCUCACCUAUCCAGCAGGUAGCGGUGGUUGUUUCUCCGGAGGCUAACGCUACACUCGCAGCACCUGAACCUAAAAAACGAGCGAACAGACAACGCAAAGUGAAAGGAGAGACAGCAAAACCCAGUAAAGACACCCCUGCUCCUGCUCCAGUUCCGACAAUGAGGGAUGUUCAGGAUCUCGUGACGAACAGAGACGAGCUGUCAAUCAAACCGAGCCGACACACACGCUGCCUCCUCAGCGGGAAGUCAGUGGUGAGGAAGCGUGUGCUGAAGAGUGGAGAUCAUAAGCGAGUGUAUCAGUGUAUCCUGUGUAACAAAGUGUUUCAGAACAGCAGCAACCUGAACCGGCAUGUCCGCUCUCACGGUGAUAAACUGUUUAAGUGUGACGAGUGUGACAAGAUGUUCAGCCGUAAGGAGAGUCUGAAACAGCACAUCUCCUACAAACACAGCAAGAACGAGUCCGAUGUGGAGUACAGGUACAAGUGUAAGACGUGUGAGAAAUCGUUUCGGGUAGAAAACGCCCUGAAAUUUCACAACUGCAGGACAGAUGAUAAGACGUUUCAGUGUGAACUCUGCUCCAGGUUUUUCUCCACCAACAGCAACUUAUCCAAACACAAGAAGAAGCAUGGGGAGAAGCUGUAUGCCUGCGAGGUGUGUAACAAAAUGUUUUACCGUAAAGACGUGAUGCAGGACCACCAGAGACGCCACGUCAUGGGCUCGAAGAACAUGAAGAGAGAAGAGAUGGAAUCAAACGGAGAAGAAGGAACGAAAUACAGGAAAGAACCGUCAGCGUGCCCCAUCUGCGGCAAGGUAUUUUCCUGUCGCAGCAACAUGAACAAACACCUGCUGACUCACGGAGACAAAAAGUACACGUGUGAGAUCUGCGGACGCAAGUUCUUCCGCGUGGACGUGCUGAGAGACCACAUACACGUCCACUUCAAGGAUAUUGCGUUAAUGGAUGAACAGGAGCGAGAGAACUUCAUUAAAAAGAUCGGAAUAUCGAUGGAUGACAGUGAAGAAAACUCAGACGAUGAGGAUGAGAAAGACGAUCCGGAACAUCACAAAUAUAGCUGUAAAAAGUGCCAGGUGACGUUCGCUAAAGGCCGUGAUUACCUGAAACACAUCAUGGAGAUGCACAAAGAACGUGGAUACGGCUGUGUGAUCUGUAACAGGCGCUUCGCCCUCAAAGCCACCUACAACGCUCACCUGGUUAUUCACAGAGAACAGCUUCCUGACCCCGCUGUGCAGAGGUACAUCCAUCCGUGUGACAUGUGCGGCCGCAUCUUCAACAGCAUCGGCAACCUGGAGAGGCACAAGAUCAUCCACACAGGUGUGAAGAGUCACAGUUGUGAUCGUUGUGGAAAAUCGUUUGCCAGGAAGGACAUGCUGAAGGAGCACCUGAGAGUUCAUGAUAACAUCCGUGAUUUCCUGUGUGCCGAGUGUGGGAAAGGUAUGAAGACGAAACACGCCCUGCGGCACCACAUGAAGCUCCACAAGGGCAUUAAGGAGUACGAGUGUAAGGAGUGUAACCGCAAAUUCGCACAGAAAGUCAACAUGCUGAAACACUACAAGAGACACACAGGUAUAAAGGACUUCAUGUGUGAGCUGUGUGGAAAAACGUUCAGCGAGAGAAACACGAUGGAAACACAUAAACUCAUUCACACAGUGGGGAAGACAUGGUCGUGUGCAGUGUGUGAUAAGAAGUAUGUGACGGAGUACAUGCUGCAGAAACACGUCCAGCUCACACACGAGAAGGUGGAGGCUCAGAGCUGUCACAUGUGUGGCACUAAAGUAUCGACACGAGCCUCCAUGAACAGACACAUACGCCGUAAACACCCUGAGGUGGUGACGGUGAGAGUGGAGUAUUUGGAUGAUCUUCCAGAAGCCGCAACGAUUGACGCCUCAUCCAUCAGCAUAGCACAGCCUCCUCUCUCCGCAGCAAAAGGCCACAGGAACUCGAGUCCCAUGAAGAAGAAGCAGAAGCUGCAGGAGUCGAUUCUCUCAGAUUCAGUUGAAUAUGGAGAGCUAACCAGAAAAAACAGCGAGUUCACCACGGCAACAACGACCACGGCAACGACAGGAGACGAGACCAACUCAGCCGUGCAGAAUUUACAGCAGGUGGUGGUGUUAGCCGACCCUAGCGCCCCUCCCACCACCUCGGUGAGUUUGACCAACAUCAGGGUGACGCCCAUCAACACGGCGGCUCAGUUCACCAGCCUGCAGCCCGUCGCCGUGGAACGACCUCUGACCCUCGACAGCUCCAUUCUCACCGUGACCUUUGACCCCGUCAAUGGCUCCAGCGUGCAGGCGGACGGUGCGAACGCACAGUCCGUUGCUCACUUCAUCAACCUCACUACCUUCGUCAAUCCCAUAUCACACCCUCUGGAAGCCUGGAGGCCCAUCACGAACACAGAGGCGAGUCACGUUACCACAGACACAAGUCAUGUGACUGCUGGCACGAGUCAAGUGACACCGGAUGGGAAUCACGUGACAGCAACCAUGACGGUGGGCGGAGCCCAGGCUGAGCCUCAGGACACCCAGAACUCCCAGGACCCCGAAGCUCAGCUUCCACAGGAAUCGCAGCAUAAUCUCGGGCAAAGCCAUCAAAUCCAGCCCCAGGCUUCAGGGCCUACACAGCCUCCAGCCACAGCGCCGCAAAUGUUCAGCUACUGAGAGCGAAAACACCAGCAAACUCUUUUAAACUCUCGCUCAUCUGAAGGCAGUGACAUGAAAACACAGCCAGACACGUCGCUUUGACCAUAAAAUGUCAUAUUUCAGGUCGCCGAAGAAUCAUGUUGAACGUUAUGAUGGAAAAUGUAGCAAUUAUGUUCAGAUGAAUUCUGGAUUAAUUUACACUCUCAGUAAUUAUGUGUUGACCUGCACUUCCACCUAAAACCAAAGCUGGAUGUGUUUUGUUUUUGUGUUUUUUUUCUGUUUUUUUUUUUUUUUUUUUUAGAGAACAGAUGCACGUGUUUAAACUGCAGCUGUGAGAGAAGCAGCGUCACAGGCACAUCUGUGUUUCCAUUAAUUGGAAAAAGAGACAGAGAGGAUGUUGAAUUAUUUCUCUGAAAUUAAGGAAAAAAUGGAUAGAAAUAAGGAUUAUCAGUUUCUUACUGGGCUAAUCAUUUUUAAUGAUUUUUUUUUCUAAAAGCAGGUCUGUUGCCAAUAAACAGGAGCUCUGUAGCAGCUGUUGAGAUGUGA